UGUGUCGGUGUGUGCUGCAACCAAUCUGCCGUUUUCAACAUUUAAGCUUUAAAAUGGUGAUGGAAAAGGGUGGUAUUAAGUUUGAAGAUUGACUGUUGCCACCGUUUUAGCAGUUUAUUAUCAACUGAAACCAAUCAAUGUAUAGAAACCAACUAUAAGUAGGGGAAACGAUGGAACCAAGAUGACUAAUUUUGGAGUUGCCUGGACGAUGUCAACGCUGCAAAUGUCAAAACUGACGAUGGGUAAUAAACGCAAGGCUUUCAAUACGGUGGGAUAUCAUAUCGACUUAAGUGAAAGAGUAUUUCACAUCCUCAUGUUACACGGCUGACCGUUUAGAUAUUUAUAUGAAUUUUCAUAGCUUCAACUCUGACUGUGACUCUAAAGCAAAUUUUACAACGAAUAGUUGUGGCCUAUGAUUUUGCCUUUUUGAAUGGAAAAGUGAAAAUGAGUUUCAGAAUAUUGCACAAGAAAAGGGUUCCUCGAGGAAUGUUAACUCUAGAUCUUUAUCGCCGUCGUGUCCACUGAGUUAUUUCGACAGCUGUUUCCGGGAUUAUUUAGCGUCAUUGUGGGUCGUGAUUUUUCCUCAGAUGGGAGGUUAAAAAAAGAAAGAAAUGUAAACAACAAGCAAUGGUUCUAGAAGCCGUCAACAAUGAAGUAGCGCCUCAGUUGUAACCGUUAAAAAGUAAUUUGUUCAUUUGCAUUACAUAGACAUGGAACAGUUGUAGCUCUUUGUGCAGGGGGAAGUAAAUAAACGUCGGACAAGUUUCCUGUUUUCGUUUUCUUUCACUGGGUUGCAUUCUGGUUGCAUUGCCAGCUAACAAGCCAGUCAAUCGUUUGGUGAGAUGGCAACGUAAUGAAUUUGACUAUUGUGGCAGUACUUAUUACAUCUGUAGUUACAUAGAAAUUACGCAAUAUGGCUUUGAGCUCCGGCGGGUGGGCUCAGAUGCCGCCUCCUGCUCAAUCCUCAAUCCUGGGAGCACUGCAAUCCACCUGCAAUACAGUACUCAUGUCUGUACGAGUAUCGGUGUGCCAUUCAGGACUCAGGCCGCUGUGUCUUCCAGGAGCUGGGGAUGAUACACUUCGUCUUCAACUAAGCAUGGACCCGAAUCGGGCUGGAGAGUUUCGAUUAGCCCUUAGGGAUGUCUGCAGUUCUGGUCGCAGUGUGUUUUUAGCUGAAUUUGAUCUACGGACAGUGAAAUAUGAGAUUAAAUCCCCGCGCUGCCAUGAACUUCGACUGACCACACCUCCUCAUGACUGCCUCAGCUUUAAAUUUCGCAGUGAGCAGGAGGCCCAGGAAUGGGCGACUGUUGUGAUGUCAUCACUGAGGGAGGCACAAAGAGUGGCAAAUAUCUCCCAGAAUUCAGUGGAAGAAGGACAGAAGAACAUUGAACCUGCUGAACAACAGGGUUUGACAGAAUUAGCACCCAAAGAGGAACUGUGUAUAGAGUUAGCCAAAGCCAUAGAGGCAGGAGAUACCAGUUCUGCCAUGCAACAUGCCACAGCCCUGGCCCAGCAGCAGUUGUCUCUCAGCAUCCAGCCCUCACAGAAGAACUAUGAGGAUGAAGAUAUCAAUCUUGCUGUGGUAGUGGAGGAUGCCUCUUCUUCCUGUUGUGUCACAGUUAAAGUGAUGCCACACAUGACUGUCUCUUCACUCAAACAGCAGAUUUUUUUGGAGUAUGGGUUUCACCCUCGGGUGCAGCGCUGGGUCAUUGGUCAGUGCCUGUGUACCGACGCACGCUCGCUGGCAUCUUACGGGGUGGCACGGCAUGGCGACACAGCCUUCCUGUACCUGCUGUCUGCCCGCCAGGCUCGCCUGAGUCGCCAGCUGUGCCAACAGGACCAGGAGAGCGCCCUCCUCAUGCCCAGCAGUGCCCCAAACUCGACCCCCGUCCCCACCUCCACCCCUAUCCUUGCCCCCACUCCGCCCACCAAUGGACCUGCCUCUCAUGACUGGAGGGGCUACAGCACCCUGCCAUCCAGACUCAGCCACAGCAGCACGAACAGCAGUGCAGCAGAGAAGCUCAGCAUAGCAGACAUAGUGAAUCUGGACUCACUGCAGCUGGGUGGGCCCAAUGUCAAGGUCAACAACACUCAGGCUGGCUGGGCGUGUCCAUCCUGCACGUUCAUCAACAAAGCGAGUCGUCCCGGCUGUGAGAUCUGUAGCGCGGCGCGGCCGGAGUCGCACCAGCAGGACCGCAUCCAACAGGAGAGAGGAAGACGAGUCGAUGAAGGGAGCAGUGGGACAUCCAGCAAUGCCAUCUGAAACACAACUACUUCCAGUGCUGGAAACCUCCUCAUGACUCACAACUCACUACAACACAUCUCUGACUUGCCAAAUGUUUUUACUCAAACACAUAAUAGAACUAGAAGUGGUUACGCCUGCCGAGAACUUUUGAAGAAUGUCCGAGUGGAGUCAGACUCAAGCACAGAUAAAGGGUAGCACAAGUUACCCCCCCCCCCUCCAACCAUAGGUCGUCCCACCAGAACGCCACUGUGUAAGGUCAGGAAAUCCAUAUUAUUGCAUCAGGUUCCCCCCAAGAUGGCAGCCAUCUGGCACUUUGGGCCCUAAUUUAAAUGCUGGGCAAAGUAUCUAGCUAAAGCUAACUAAAUAGCGAAUGUAAAUCUAUUUGCAAAUGUAUUACCAUGAGCAAGAUCCUAAGCACAAGCAUCAAAGGGUCAGCGAAAAGCGGUCACAUGCCACAUGAUGGCUUUAGUUCAUGCACGAGAACUUCACUCAUAGACGGACUUUGCACUUUUCCCAACAUUUAAAUUAGGGCCCUGUGUGUCUUCAGCAAGGCCCCUCAGUGAUGUAGCAGAGCGUCACCCUCACACAACGUCAACCUUGGCUCUCCCGCUCCUUUUAUAUGCCAAUGUUAGAGAGGACUCUUUUCACGGCCAGAGGGGUUUGCUGAUUUCGACGGGGCCGUGCUGUGUAGCAUGCUCUACUGCAGUCCAAUUCUGCUCUGUCUACCCCUCCACUCUUUUAAACGAUAAACUGUGAACAAGUGUUGAGGAGGGUAACCUCUCAAAUGCCUUGUGAUUUUAUUUGUGAUUAGGUUCAGACUUAUUUUAAAACACAUGCAGGGGUGACCGAGGUAAUAUACAUAGUUGUGUUUGUAAGUGGUUUUAUUUUUAUAUUGCAAAUUAUUUAAAUUGUGAAUGUGAACUAAUUGUGAGACUGUAAAAACAAAUGUAAAUCCAAAUCUGUCCUAAUUAAUAAUCUAAAACAUGCUUUAUGGUGAUACUGUAAAUGAAUAAAUUACAUCAAAAAGUA